GGAGUCGCUGCUGUGUACUCUUGCUGGAGAGCGGCACCAAGAAGAAAAGCUGGAGUGGAGGCUGGGGAAGACAACCCACGCCCAGAGGAGCCUCUUUGGCCCCGUAGACUACGAGCAGCUGCGGCAGGACUUCCAGCACAUGCUGCGCAGCAGCGUCGAGGGGGCCCAGCAGAAGUGGAACUUCGAUUUCCUCCAGGACACGCCAAUGGAGGGGCUCCUGCAAUGGGAAGAGCUGGAAGGCCAUGAGGUGCCUGCCUUCUACCACAGCUGCGUGGUGGGAGAUGCUCAGAGACCACUGCAGCACUUGAACUGGCCCCUGGGCAGAGAGGACAAGAGUCACCACUUUGCCCAGGUGGCACUGACAGAAAAACCCAAGACUUCCAAGAAAACAGGGGGCAAGAGGAUCUCUGAAGGGAAGAAAAGAAGACAGACAUCUUUGACAGAUUACUACUCAGCAAAGAAGCAAGUCAAAACCAAUAUGCAAGCUGCUGCAAAGAAGUCAACUUCUUGA